AUUUUUAUCCGUUAUCAUUUGCAAUUCGUGUCUUGACUUAAGUGGAUCGUGAAAUUAAUUAAAUAUUAUUUAAACAAAAAUGAUUAGUCAGAUCCAAUGGCUUAUUGGGGCCAUUUUAUUAAUUUCAAGUUUUUCAAAUUUGGUAGUCGCGGAAGAUGCAGAAAAUGAAGAAGCUUUGAGAGCAGUUUCUAAUGGGAUGAAUCAAUUUUCGACAGAAUUUUACAAAACAUCAUCGGUAAAUGCGAAAGAUAAUCUUAUCUGUUCGCCAUUAAGUGCGGGUAUCGUAUUAUCAAUGACAGCUUACGGAGCUCGUGAGAAUACAGAAAAACAAAUGCGAUCGAGUUUACAUAUGCCUGAAGAUGACGCCGUUGGUAAAAGAGGUUUCCAAUCACUUAUUGACAAUCUCAAUAACGUAAAGAAGGUUGAACUUAAAUUAGCUCAAAAAGUUUUUACAGCCAAUGACUUAGAAAUGAAACCCGAAUUCAAAGAUAUCACGGAAAAUUACUUCCGUUCAGCUGCACAAAGUUUGGAUUUCUCCAAUUCUGAAGAAGCUGCUAAGAUAAUUAACACUUGGUGUGAAGAACAUACUAACAAUCGAAUUAAAGAUGUUCUACAACCAGAUGACCUAAGGCAAGCUGCAUUGGUUUUAAUUAACGCAGUUUACUUCAAAGGACUCUGGCUCUCAAAAUUCAAUCCUGAAAACACUCAACCAAAACCUUUCCAUGUUGAUGAAAAAACAACCAAAGAUGUCGACAUGAUGUAUCAAAAAGAUUACUUCAAGUAUGGAAGGCUGCCUGAGCUCGAUGCCAUUUAUGUUGAGCUUCCAUAUGAGAGAGAAGACGAAAAUGAUGCAACCAGUAUGUUUAUAAUUCUACCAAAUCAAAACAAUGGUCUUGAGAAGGCUAAAGAGUCUCUUAGUAAAGUAAACUUCAGAGAGCUUCAUGAUAAUGGACGCAUGACUCAAAUUAAUCUUUACAUGCCUAAAUUCAGAACUGAAAGUACUCUUCAACUACAAUCUAUUCUUGAGAAUAUGGGAAUGACUGACAUGUUCCAAGAUACUGCUGAUUUUACCGGAAUAGCAAGUAGUCCGCCAUUGAAAGUUAGCAAAGUUAUUCAAAAAGCCUUCAUCGAAGUCAAUGAGGAAGGAAGUGAAGCUGCUGCUGUUACUGUGGUGGGCAUAUCGUUUAGAACAGCUAAAGUUCCACAACCUCCACCGAUAACAGUGAUGAUUGAUAGACCUUUUAUCUAUGCGAUUGUACAUUCUGCAGCAAACGUUGUUCUAUUCCAAGGCCAUAUUUCCGAGCCAACUUUAUAAUAUUUUUCAAUUUAAUAUAAUAAUAGCUUUUAGAAUAUAUAUUUUUUCGAGCUUCUAUAAAUGUUGCGACAAUAAAAUUAUAAAAAAUAUUUUAUGAUUAUACUUAGGAAUAAAAAUAUUUUUUUCAGCUGUUGUUGUGAUGGCAGUUUCAUCAACAUUUACAGAC